AUGGCUGCCAUAGAGAUGGAGACUAUUGCGGAGGAACCAGUCGGGAGUGGUAACGAUCAGGAGAAAGGGAAGUCAGAGGAGAGAGCCGUGAGUAGGGGGUCUAUUGAGGAUAUAAUGCGCAGGUACAGCAAAGUCAAGACUAACAACAACACGAAUCCACCUGUUACGGAGUUGUGGAGCAACCCUCCUCAAAAUGGACACUCCGAAGAGCAAUUUUCGCUAAACGAGGAGAAUGCCUCUGAAACAGACAGCGGACAUUUUGAGAACCUAGUGGCGGGCACCAUGAAAGAAGAAGAGACUGUUCCACACAGUUUGGUCGGGGAAGAAGUUACCACAAACUCCGACAACAACAGUCGGCAAGACUCGAAAAAACGUAGGAAGACCCCACACUACUCCAGAAAAGAAGACUUCGCACCAAACACCGAGACUACAGUUCAGUCUUCUCAACGCGACCAGUUUGAAAACUCAGCUACGGGCACAAUGGAAGAAGGGCAACCUGUUUUUAACAGUUCUGACGGCAAAGACGUCACGACAAACCCGGACAAUGGAGAAAACUCUGGAGUAACGGAAAGGAGCGAAGAGAAUUCAACGCCACCAAACUUUGAAUCGCAGCCUCAGCCAAAUGACAAGAGUGCUACCGACACCUUUGACAAACAAGAAGGUGACAGAAAUCUUCCGGAUGAGAGAGGCAGCGAAGGACCUCUCGCAAAUACGAAAGGUGGUCCGGAUUCUUUACCGAAUGGCCAUGUUCCAAGGGUCGGUGAGCUAGUCGAUGAAGACCACGAGACAAACAGUACACAAGCUGUAGAUCCCGUACAAAGCUCACAAACACCGGUGGGAACUCUAUUGGCUGUAUUGGAGGUGUUCUCAUUGGCAUUGCUCGUUCUGUUGGCUCUACCCGCGUCCCCAACAAUCGGGCUCAUCGUUGCGAACUUAGUCUUCAUGAACACUGUCCUAACGAAGUCCAUUCUCAGCUUCACUGGAGACAACGAUGGGGCCACAAAGAGUAAAAUCAAAGGUUCCUCCCUCUUCGUUCUCUUCUUGGUGAUUCUGGCCUGUCUCGCUAUUACAGUUCUACCCGAUGAGCAUUGGUCAAAGGAGCCAAACGGGUACAUUUUAGUCUCCUUCGCGUUGUUGGCCGUUUCCUGGACUCCGAUUCUCCACAAACUUUCCGUAUCCAAAGACAACUCUGUCCAUCCUGAAGACGAUCAAGAGCGCGGUAGCUCGUCUGGCCCGAACAAAACACAGAAUAACACGGCAUGUUGGAAGCUUGGCAUCAUCACAAACCUGGUAAAAUGUCUGGUCUGGGCUCUCUGUGUCUUCCUCUUCUAUCCGUGGACGAGAGGACAGGACCCCUUGUGUAUCCUCUGGCAUAUCCCUCCUGUGUCUAUCAACGACAGUGUGUUUAUAUCCUUCCUGACAAAUGUGUUGUGCGGCGUGUUCGGGUACGCCUUCGCGGUACUAGCGUUGAUGAUGAGGAUGCAAUCAUUGGGAUUUCUCCUGCCGAUCUUUCUCUCCAACGCGGGCGUUAGUUUGUUCCUCAUCCUUGGCAUCCAAACUCCGCUUUGUGUGAGCAUUGCCCCGAUACAAGAGCUAGGCCUAUGUGAAACUAGCGACUGGGAACAACUGAAAUGGAGGCCGAUCUUGGUGUGCUGCUUGGUGUUUGUCGUUACCAUGAUCGGGAUGAUCGUGCAAAUGUACGACGUGUGGAAAGUGCCGACAAUUGUCAUGGAGAAGGAAUCAAAGUUGCUAUGGACACCAGGCUACAACUCUGUACUCCUGGACCAAUGGCUGCUCCUGACCAGGCGUACUGACCUACCCAGACAUAAUGAAGAAGAGGCAACUCCGGAAGGAAAUGAGGCAACGCGGGUCUUCAUCUGUACCACCAUGUAUCACGAGAUUGCCAAAGAGAUGAAACAGCUCAUGAGUUCCCUGUGGGACAUCGCUAGAACACAGACAAAGAAGAGAAUUGAGGACACCAAGGUUGAGUUCGAGGCACACAUCUUUUUUGACGACGGCUACAAGAACGGCCAAGUUCAGGACUUCGCUCUGCAGCUGCUGUCAAUCAUUGAUGGCAUGGGUGACAUGGACGGACCUAGUUUAAUUGAAAGCUGUGAAAAAUGGCGGACGCCGUACGGGCUUCAGCUGCAGUGGCAUCUGCACUCGUCAGAGGGCGCUUGGGACGGUGGAAUGAACUUGACACUUCACCUGAAGGACAACACGAAGGUGAAGAACAAGAAGCGGUGGAGUCAGGUCAUGUACAUGUCCUACGUACUGGACUACGUCCUGGGCAGUCAAGGAAGGGAACCGACCCAAAUGGAGGCUUUUGACCGUGACACGUACAUCCUUGCGACGGAUGCAGACGUCAAAUUCUCGCCCGAGUCGGCCAUAGCGCUGCUGGACCUGGCGCGGAGGGACCCCACGGUGGGGGCGGUCUGUGGCCGGACUCACCCCCUGGGGUCCGGACCCAUGGUCUGGUACCAGAAGUUUGACUACGCCGUGGGACAUUGGUACCAAAAGACGGCCAACAGUGUCCUUGGGUCAGUUCUCUGCUGCCCUGGCUGCUUCAGCGUCUACCGGGCCGAGGCCUUACGGGAGGCCCUCGGGACCUACGCCGGCGGAGUGUCCGAGGCCAGAGAGUUCCUCAUGAAAGACAUGGGAGAGGACAGGUGGCUCUGUACGCUCAUGGUUAGUAACGGUUGGCGACUGGAGUACACGGCUGUGUCCGAGGACAGCACCUACUGUCCGGAGGAGUUUGCGGAGUUCUACAACCAGCGUCGCCGCUGGGGACCGUCAACAGUGGCUAACCAGAUUGAGCUCAUUGAGAAGUACUUCGGACACGAGAUGAAGCGAGACAGCGUGUCGUUCCUGUUCAUGGUGUACCAGGGGCUGCUGUUCUUUUCCGGACUGAUCGGGCCGGCCACUUGUGUGCUCAUUAUAGCAGGUGGUUUGCAGUUCUUCAACUAUGACAAUGGGCUAGCCAGCGCCCAGGCGGUGUCCAUAACUACAGUGGUCGUCCUCUCUCUCGUGUCCCUGCUCUACGGAAUGAUCUGUCUCUGUACUUCUCAGAAAUUUCAACUCAGGAUGGCGAUGGCCUUGUCUCUAUGCUUCGCCGUCCUGAUGACGCUGGUGCUGGUGUCUCUGGUAGAGGACACGGUCGUCGAGUUUCGGAACAUGACCAUGAGCAUUCAAGCAGGCGAGGAGUACAACCCCAGCAUCAGCACCCUGUACUUCCUGGCUCUGGUGGGGAUGUACAUCAUCACGGGACUGGUUCACAUCACGGAGUUUCACACGCUGUUCUACGGCCUGGUCUACUUCCUGUCACUCCCCACAGGCUACAUCCUGCUGACUCUUUACAGUGUCUGUAACCUCACAGAUAGGACUUGGGGUACGAGAGAAGGCAACUCACCUGGACAGUCUGCGGACAAGAGUCUAACCGAGACAAUUACAGACUUCUUUUCGACGAUUUGUGGGUGUUGCCAAAGACCGAGUCCAGUUCAGGAAGUUCCUUUGCAGGAAUAUGAGGAGGAGUGGGACUCAGACAGUGACGAUGAGAUACAGGACACCUUGAACACCUUCCUUAGAGAUUCUAACUGA